GGAACAAAUUGGAUUUGGGUAUUCUCAAACAACUGUAUUUGAGAAGAACAUCCUCAGAAGACACAAUGAACUGAGAGCUUGUCAUGAAAAUACACCUCCUUUGAAAUGGCAUAAGGCAAUGGCAACGCGUGCCCUGAUUUACUGCAAAACACUGGAGCGUACCGGCGCGUUCGCCCAUUCACCAUCUUCAAAGCGUCAGAAACCUCUAGCUGGCGAGAAUCUUUGGAGAUCUCGGUCUAGCUAUUCGCAAAGGAGUGGAAUGAACGAAAUGGGAAACAAAGCGGCGCAAUCUUGGUAUGAUGAGAUAGAGGAUUACAAUUACAAUGAACCUGGCUUCAGCAGCGCGACCGGCCACUUCACACAACUAAUAUGGGAAACCACUGAAUUUCUUGGUUGUGGUAUAGCUGAAGGAAAACACGGAAGGUGGUACUCUUAUACCGUUUGUUGUCAAUACUCGUUACCCGGUAACUACAUGAAGCAGUUCGCUGAUAAAGUCAAUCGUCUUUUACCGAAAAUACCCAUAACUACUACGACGACAACCACACCAAGACCAGUCACGAAAGACCACGUACCAUCAAACCCAAAGAAUGGCAAGGUGGAUGUAGCAUGUUCGAAAAAGGCAUGUUUCGCAAGAUACAAAUGUGAUACAUGCUUUGAGCUGAGUGGGCCUAAAAAAGUAAAUUGCGAAAAUGAAAAAUUAUGUGCUGGGUCUAAACUCUUUUGUGAUCCAGUAGGAGCAGGUAAUCAAAUAUUACGGAGAGUUAUGGAGCCAGAAGGAGUUACAGUUUCAGACCAUAAAGAUGUGAACAUAUGUGUUAAAAAGAAGACUGGGAACACCUGUGAUGAAGAUGUUGGAUGUGCAUUUAGGUGCCCGCAACUUAAGUCCCCAGAACAUGGAUCUAUUACUCCCAUCACAACAACAACAGGAUCAAGCAAACCAGGAACAAGGGCUACGUAUGCGUGCAAAACAGGAUAUACUCUCGUUGGCACCAAGCUAAGGACGUGUAGCAAAGAAGGAAUAUGGAGUGGUGAUAGCACACCAAGUUGUGUAAAAGCUGAUCAAUUCGUUUGUGAAUUCGAUGCUAAGUUGACAAAAUGUGGAGAUAAAAAUGGUAAAAAGACAACUGUGAAAUUAGGCCAAGAUGCUUUCAUAGGGGUGUCAUUUAAGCUUGCAUGUGUAAAUCCAAGCACAACACAAGCUUUGGAUGUCAUAUAUCAUAUCUUGAUUGGAGGCCCAGGUACGGGUUUAGAUUCAACCAAAGUGGCCAACGUACCAAGAGCAACAACUACCAGACUUGGAACAGCCUCCGAAGACUCACCGUAUACAGUUAAAUUCAUAUGCUCAAGGAUCGGAACAUAUACCUUAAAGUUUUCGGCAUGGUUAUCUGGUCAAACUAUAAAAACUGUACAGACAUGUGAAAUUAAAUGUGUUAAAUAGCAUCUUAAAUUGUUAAAGAACGAAAUAAAUGUUUCAAAACGUAAUGCAACAAUAUUGUAAUUAUUUGUUUCGUAUGCAGGGUAAGAGAACACAAAACAUUUAAAUAACAAUGUAUGAAAUAUAUGGAACAUAAAAUAUUAUUAAGUUCAACUCUUACAUGGAUUUUAUAUGGAAUAUAUUAUUUAAAAAGUUUCAGUGUAGAGAAUGCAACAAGAUAUCUUUCAUAUUUGCUGCCAAUUGCAAACAUCCAUGGCAGACCUCACUUGAAUCUAUACUUGAAUACUUGAGUGACAAAGAA